AUGUCUAGCAGAAAAAAGAAUAUUCUGAAAGUCAUCAUAUUGGGCGACUCCGGGGUUGGAAAGACGUCAUUGAUGCAUCGAUACGUUAGCGACAAGUUUUCCCAGCAAUACAAGGCGACCAUCGGAGCGGAUUUUCUCACCAAGGAGGUAACCACGGAUGGCGACAAAGUGGCUACCAUGCAGGUUUGGGAUACUGCUGGCCAGGAACGGUUCCAAUCGCUGGGCGUGGCGUUCUACAGAGGUGCGGAUUGUUGUGUGCUGGUGUACGACGUGACGAAUGCCAAAUCGUUUGAGAAUCUCAAGUCGUGGCGGGACGAGUUUCUGGUGCACGCAAAUGUGUCGUCGCCAGAAACGUUUCCGUUUGUCAUUUUGGGCAACAAACUGGAUGUGGAGGAAUCGAAGAAAAUCGUGAGCAACCGGGCUGCUCAGGACAUGGCCAAAUCGCUGGGGAACAUCCCGCUUUUCCUGACCAGCGCCAAGGGCUCCAUCAACGUCGACACUGCUUUCGAGGAAAUCGCUCGCAACGCGCUGCAGCAGAGCCAGGCCGAUGCAGACGCAUUCGAGGACGAUUUCAACGACGCCAUCAACAUCCAGCUCGAUGGUGAGCCCAGCUCGUGUAGCUGUUGA